GUUUCGACGACGCGGGUGGUCUUCGUCUAUUCUCGCUUUUUCCGACGUCACCGAGCAGCGGCGGGCGAAAGAGGACCUUGCACUUCGCGAACUGAUUCUGCGCCUAGCAGAAGAGUAUCCGGGGGACAUCGGCAUCAUGAUGCCGCUCCUCCUCAACUACCUGCGCAUGGGGGAGGGAGAGUCGUUCUUCAUGGCGGCUAACGAGCCCCACGCCUACCUCAAGGGAGACAUCUUGGAGGUGAUGGCCCGCUCGGACAACGUGGUUCGCGUGGCGCUCACCCCGAAGCACCGUGACGUGCCCCUGCUGUGUCAGAUCCUGACGUACAACAUGGGCGCGCCUCCCAUCGUCACGCCCAUCCAGGUAGACCAGUUUUGCUCGAGAUACACCCCCCCCAUCAAGGACUUCGAGAUGCUGGAUAUACAGGUGCCGCACGGCCAGGAGUACGCCACGCCGCCAGCGCCGGUGGCGGCGCUAGCCGUAGUCAUGGCCGGUACCGGCUUCGCAUGCGCCGGGAACGGGAGGCAAAGGCUCUGCCGGGGGAUGGCCUUCUUCGUGCCUGCUGAGACGACGGUCGUGUACACCAACAGUUGCGUGGCUGGCGAAGCGGCGCUGUGGGUCUGCCUGGCCAGGUCCAACAUCAACUAUCCCGAGGGCUGCGAGGAAAGUUGAUGGGGUGGUAUUUUGACGAGAAUCGCAUUGGGGUGGUGGUCGGCACCGGCUGCUAAACAGAUUGUGAUUUGUUGAUUAUUGGUUGUGUGAGUUGCGUUGACGUUUUCAAGGGCUGGUGGUGUUGUGGAUGAUGGCACAAGCUAAUUGUGUGGCCCGUGAAGGACCGACACCCAGGGGCUAUCGUUGCCUGGCUGGAGACUCCCCCCUGGUUGUCGUUGCAGCAAAGCACAAAUGAAUUGUCACAUUUUUUGUAAGGCGGGUCUCUCGGACCUAGUGCAUAGCCUCGUGUUGUUGAGUAUGGAAAUAUCUUGAUUGAGUGUGUGCAAACUGAGCGAUCGCGGUGUAAUAAAAAUACCGUAAACGACGUUGUUCUUUGUGUUUCUGCGUUGUAUUUUAUAUUGGUCACCGCAAGGUGAGAGAUUUUGGGUGUGCGAAGGAGUGUUUUCUUCCGUUC